AGCGCCUACAAGUCAACGCUUAGGGUUUGCAGCAGUUACUAAGCUGCAGGGCAGUCACACGGUCGCUCCAGUAAACACAAGACGAUCAUUGUUUUCUGUCACCGUUAGACACUUUAUUUUGGCGUUAACAUGUCUGUCAACGACGAAGGCGUAGUAAUGAAAGAAAGCAAGAGACAAGAGCGUCAAUCAGCUUUGGAGAAUGCAGAUUCUGACAUCGGCGUAUGUGGCCGGUUGUUGGUCGUGCUCUCCAUCAUCUUCAUGCUGGUUACUCUCCCCCUCUCCAUCUGGGCAUGCAUUAAGAUUGUGAAGGAGUAUGAGCGAGCCAUUAUUUUUCGCCUAGGCCGCAUUUUACGAGGAGGAGCCAAAGGACCAGGGUUGUUCUUCAUCUUGCCGUGCACUGACAGCUUUAUUAAUGUGGACAUGCGCACCAUCACCUUUGACAUCCCACCACAAGAGGUUUUGACUAAAGACUCCGUGACAGUGAGUGUGGAUGGUGUGGUGUACUACCGAGUCCAGAAUGCUAUACUGGCUGUGGCUAACAUCACUAAUGCCGAUGCUGCUACCCGGCUCUUGGCCCAGACCACCCUGAGGAACGUCUUGGGCACCAAGAACCUGGCAGAGAUCCUGUCUGACCGUGAAGAAAUCGCUCACAGCAUGCAGUCCACUUUGGACGAUGCUACAGAUGACUGGGGGAUCAAGGUGCAGCGGGUGGAGAUCAAAGAUGUAAAGCUGCCUCUUCAGCUCCAGAGGGCCAUGGCAGCUGAGGCCGAGGCCAGCCGUGAGGCCAGAGCCAAGGUGAUAGCAGCAGAGGGCGAGAUGAACGCCUCACGGGCACUGAAGGAGGCUUCCCUGGUGAUUUCCGAGUCUCCGUCAGGCCUGCAGCUGCGCUACCUUCAGACCCUCAAUACCAUCGCUGCUGAGAAGAACUCGACCAUCAUUUUCCCGUUGCCCCUGGAGAUGAUGCAGGGCUUCAUUAAAAAAUGAGUGUCCAGACACACUGUUCAUGUACCUGCUCAUACAGCAUACAUCAUUUACACACACAUAUUAAACCUUUCUCUUUGAAUCAGCAGUGCGAAGGCAAUAACUUAAGAUGUUGUGCUUGUGGCUCAUGAUACUCAAACCGGAGCAGCUGUUAAAAUGCAUUUGUUUUGUCUGCCAUCUUUUGAGUUUGAAAACCAGAAAAACUAUACUACUAAUAGACAUUUUGUUCCAAAAAUAUUCUUUUAAAUUGUUCAAACAGCUUAAACACAUGGGCCAAAGUUUAAAAAAAAUGAAAUGUACAUUAGGUCAAAUUUGUUUCUAUCCCUGUACACUGAUCUGUUUAACUAAGCAGCCAGCCAGAACACUCUCUGCUCAUUCAGUGUGUUCAGUCAACUGAACGACCGCUGAUGAGGACUAACCAGAGCCAGUGGAGCCAGACGCACAGCAAAAUCUACUGUUAGACCGGUGGGUCCGCCAAGGGCUGACCAAAGCAGGUGCUUGCUGUUCACUACUUAGAUUUUGUACUGUGAAUGACACUUGACUCAAAACAACUGUAGUGCAGCUUUAAUGCUCCCUGACUGUCAGAGUAGUGGCAGGAAGAACCAACCAUUGUCAUCAGCUUUACACAUAG